AUGCUGCGGUCAUCUGCAGCCUUCUGGAACCCCUGCGAGGAGGGCCGGGCCUUCUGGACCUGCUCCCGGGAGCAGGGCCGGCGGCUUGCCUUUACAGAGAGCCCGGCAGCUUUUAACAACGAAUACUUCCAGGAGGUCCUCCUCUGGGAGCAGCGGCAGAAGAUGCCGAAGCCCAAAACGCGCUACAAGGAGCGAGCAGAGAGCGAGAAGAGCUCGCCGUUGAAUCUGCUCCCCUCGGACAUCGGGAUGCUUUUCGACCCCGGGCUCCACAGCCAGGUGGAGAGGUUCGCAGCAGACGAAGCCGCGUUUUUUGCUGCUUUCGCCAGUGGUUAUCGGUUCACCAUGCGGGACCGACAUCGUCAGGCCCCUGCCUCCGCCUCCAGUCUGAACGUCCCCAUUGGUGCCUUCCGCCGUGUGCCUGUGGGAAGCGAGGACUCCACGCCAGGCACUUCCACAAGCGCAGCAGGGCUCCGGAUGCAGGGAGAAGAUGGACCCUUGCUCACGACCGAGGCCGCGAUGCUUAUGGCUGGCUCGGUCUUGUACCGUCCCUCGCUGUGCAGGCGUGACGACAUGGAAGACAGCCACAGCCUGGAAACCACGGAGAAGUUGGAAGCCGACUCGGACCUCUCUCCGCCUGGAAGCGGCCGUGCUGGCCGGCCCAUGUGCGAGGGCUGUGGGCGGCCUGUGCGCACCUGCAUUUGUGCGAGUCUUCCAUCCGAACCGCUGGCUCUGCCUUCUGGUCUGGAGAGCGUGCUGCUUCUCCGGCACCCCAAAGAGCGACGCCAGAAGCACCAGAGCGCCUGGAUACUGGAACGCUGUGUCCGCGGCGUGAGGCAGCAUGUUACGCGGAGGCUGCCGUCGGAGGUGCCCAUCGGGCUCGAGCAUUUGUACAGGGAGCCCGAAAGCUGUCUGCUCGUUUUCCCUGGACCCGGCGCGCGCCCGCUGAAGGAAGUUCUGGAUGCGAAAGUGCGACACCUAAUCCUGGUGGAUGCCACCUGGCGCUUUGCCCGCGAAAUGGCCGCCGUGUCGGAGUCUGGCGAUCCGCUGUCUAGGAUACAGCGCGUGGAGUUGACGCCGCCAUCCGGCACCCGCCCGGUAUUUGUAGUUCGCAAGCCGUUGCUACUCGGGAACACCCGCGAGCUGGAAGCGGCUGAUGGUCAUGAUUUUGUGGCAAGCGAGGACGAGCGCUGGGGCUUCAGCACGGCAGAGGCUGCAGCCUUGGCCCUCGACGAAAUCUCGGAGCUACGCACGCCGGAUGCCACCUCCAAGGAAUGUUCCCGGCUGGCAUGGCGGACGGUGGCAGCGGCCCUGGGAGCCUAUGCGCAGAUCCAGUUGGACCACACGGCCAAACCCCGCAUGCGGACCGACAGGCCUGGCUUCAUUCCAAAGCUCUACGAGGCCGCGCAGGAAGCUGCAGCAGCCGACGGUGAUGAGUGA